UAAAAUAUACAAGAUUCAUGCUGUUUGUGAAUAAAUGUACCGACGGCAAAAUUUAUAACAAACUCAACAGCUGAUGCCGAAAACAUGGCGAAGUUGACCCAUGUCGUGUGGGGUCUAUCUUCAAACUUUACAGCAAAUCGGUAUUUUUCUCGAUUAUUAACUCCAUGGUACAAUAUAUCUAUGGUCACGUCAUCCCGAGAAAUGUCAACAAAUGCUGCUGUCAAAGAAGAAAAUGCUUUAAUUAUCAGUGACAGUUGUGUAAAACGCUUGAAAGAAAUAGCAAGCGAUGGCGCAUGUUUGAGAGUUAUAGUGGAAGGUGGUGGUUGUUCUGGAUUUCAAUACAAGUUUGAUUUAGAUUCAAACAUACAGGAGGAUGAUAAAGUAUUUCAGAAAGAUGGUACUAAGGUAAUUAUAGACUCGACAUCGUUAGAAUAUGUGAAGGGUUCAACAAUAGAAUUCCAUACAGAAUUGAUACGAUCCGCUUUUAGGAUAACAAACAAUCCAUUAGCUGAACAGGGAUGCAGUUGUGGUGCUAGCUUUUCUAUUAAAAUGGAGUAAAUAAUUAUAAAUGUAUUUAUUUAUAUUAAAUAUUGGCUAAUAAAUUAUAGUUUAUAAUAUAAA